GCUGGCCUUGCUGGUGCCUGCGCUGGGGAGUACAGAGAGUGGCGGGGCGGGCUGAGGCGCUGUGCAAGUUAGGCAGCUGGAGGGGAAGCGCUAAGCCGCCGGGACGGGACGGGACGGGCUGAGCCCGUGGAAUUACAGUGUGGAGCCGGCAGUGCAUGGGCGCGUUGAGCCCGGCGGGACCCGACAGCGGAGCCGGGAGACCCGCGGAGAGCUGGACUCCAGCCGAGGGGACCCUGAGGAGCUAAUCUGGGGCGAGGCGCGGGGGGGCCCGGCUCGUAGGGACUAGCGCGUGGGGGAGAGGGGCGGAUUUCUCCAGGGGAAUAGCCCGUGCAGCAGAGCCUGUUUGGGGGAGCCGUCGCAGCUGCGCGGGGAGCUCUGGAUGCGGGCGGAGUGAGCCCUGCUGCCGGGGGACGCCAACCUCAGGGGAUGGGAGCGUGAAACCGGCUGGGAACUAGGGCAGCGGCCGGCGGGAUUUACAGCACCGGGAGGAUUAGCGGCUCCCCGGCCCCGGCGCCCCCGGGCGAGGGGGAAGAUGGCCCUGCCGGAGGGGCUCCCCAGUCUCUGCAAGUGGCUCCUGGGCGUCCUGCUCGCCAUGUGCCGGCUCGCUGCGCCGGCCAAGAACCUGGAGCCGGUGUCCUGGAGCUCGGCCAACCCCAAAUUCAUGGCGGGUAAAGGGCUGGUCAUCUACCCAGAGAUCGGGGACAAGCUGGACAUUAUCUGUCCCAAGGCGGAGCUUUCCAGACCUUAUGAAUACUACAAGUUGUACCUGGUGAAGCGGGAGCAGGCAGAGUCCUGCAGCACUGUCAUGGAUCCCAAUGUGCUGGUGACUUGCAACCGGCCGGAGAAGGAGAUCCGCUUCACCAUCAAGUUCCAAGAAUUCAGCCCCAACUACAUGGGCCUGGAGUUCCAGAGGCAGCAGGACUACUUCAUCACAUCCACUUCCAAUGGGACUCUGGAAGGCCUGGAGAACAGAGAAGGUGGAGUCUGCCAGACACGCUCUAUGAAGAUUGUCAUGAAAGUGGGGCAGGAUCCAAAUGCUGUGAUCCCAGAGCAGCUGACAACCAGUCGGCCCAGCAAGGAAUCUGACAAUACAGUGAAAAUCGCCACACACAGUCCACGCCACAAGGUCCCUGUGGUGGAGGAUCCUGGGAAGCCAGGCUCCGUUAACCAAGAUGGGCAGAACACCCAAGGUAGCAGUGAUGGAUUCUUCAGCUCUAAGGUGGCAGUAUUUGCUGCAAUCGGUGCAGGCUGUGUCAUCUUCAUCCUUAUCAUCAUCUUCCUUGUUGUCCUCCUGAUCAAGAUCCGCAAGCGGCACCGGAAGCACACCCAGCAGCGGUCAGCAGCCUUGUCACUUAGCACCUUGGCCAGUCCCAAGUGCAGUGGUAAUGCAGGUUCAGAACCCAGCGAUAUCAUCAUCCCCUUACGGACUACAGAAAAUAAUUACUGCCCUCACUAUGAAAAGGUGAGCGGGGACUAUGGGCACCCCGUCUACAUUGUCCAGGAGAUGCCCCCUCAGAGCCCAGCCAACAUCUACUACAAGGUCUGAGGCCUACUACAAGGUCUGAGCCUCGGCAUCCUACCAAUGCAAGAGCACUAGAGAGCUGAGGGCCCUGGGGGCAGCCGCUGGCUCUCCCCACUAGUGUGCUCGCUCUGUGAGGGAGGAAGUGAAAAGAACCACAUGGCAAGACCAGGGGAGCGCAAAGGUCUCGCACCUGAUAGUGGAUCACUCGCACGCUCUCGCUCUGUUUUCCCCUUUGUAUUUAGUUUUGUAGUUCUCAGCUUUUGUAAUCCCAAAACUCGAGGGUGGGCCUUCAGCAUCCUCCUCCUGCUUCAGACUGCAUCCUGGCUCUAGACACAUCUAACCGUGAUGUGGCCCUAGCUGCGCACAGCAGCCAUUGUGCGUGGGCGCUGUGCCUUUCCUCACUCUGAUGCCCCUGGCGAUACCAGAAAACUCUGCCCUCUCUUGUUUUGGGGAUGUCCCUUUCAGCUUUUCCAUCUAUAUUAUGUUAAGUAUUCUUGUGCUUGGGGCUGUGCUGGUUGUUGCUUUGGUCCAGGAUUGUCCUAGGAGUCGGAUUAACUUGUGGGCCCCAAGAAGAACCUCCACUCACCCGAGGAAUGAGCAGCUUGUGGCAGCACUUUGCGUAGGUGUGCCAAGGACGUAGACCCUUUGCAGGGAGGAGGCUGACAAACCCAACAUACUAUUAUUAUUAUUAUAAUUAUUUUUUAACUUUUGUAACAUUUUUAUUUUUGUGAAAUAUUGGUGGGACUCUGAGCCACCACCUACAGCCUUCUGGCAUACUCUUCUCCCUCUGCCAUGCCAAUCCCCUGGCCAUGCUCUGCCAGGACACAAACUCUCACCUUCUGCUGUCCUUGCCAUUUUAAACUUUUGUGUUAAGUUCGUAGCAGUCAACUCUUGUUUACCUGCUUAAACGAGGGGGGAGAGGAAAAAUAUAACUCAAAUGGUCAGUGCAUGAGAAAAUCCAGGGUUCUACCCCAUGCCACCAGAGCCAGGAGCCUCCUCCCUUUCAACAAGACAGUAGCCUUUGUGGGAACUCCUCAGAAAGGCAUGUCUUCCUCAUGGCAUGCCCCUUGCCUGAUCUCUUUUCCUAGGACAGAGGCUGAGCUACUUUCUCCAACAUCAGGGAGAGGGCAGGAGGACAGCAUUCACUGAUCGCCUCAGUCAGGCUGGAUCUGGGACUGGGCUGAGAGAAAGGGUGGGAGCAUUCAGUAACUUAGUCACAGGGUUCAUUCUUGGCUCUGUCGUUUCUGCAGAUCCUGAAGUUGGUUUGCUCUUUGGGUUCAGGCCACAGGGCUUCCAUUUGGACAGGAAACGAAAUGAAUCAUGCCUGCUCUGAAGCCCGUACUUGACAUGUUCUCAGGAGGCUAGAGCAAAUGUUAAGAGAGCAGGAGAAAGCAAACUGCAUUGAUGUUGGGGGUGGGGCAGAUAUUCAGUGGCCACAGCAGUUAGGCUGUUCUGACCCUGGCUGAGCUGGGGAGGUUGGAAUUCUGAGUAAACUCAAAGGCCAUCUAGGCCCCCAUGUACCCCAGCAUCCUCACCCCUUCCACAAAGAGCAGGUGGGCCUCUUCUCCCACUGACCCUUUCGUUUCUAGAACUCUUAUGUAUGUUUGAUCUGUUUUCCCUAGUGACUGCCAGGCAUGAGCCAGUCAUUGAGCACUAGAAGCUGGGCUUAGAUCCUUGAUGGCUUCAGCAAACCCUAUUGAUUGCUGUUGUCAUGGCAUGAACACCAGUCAAAGACCCUGCUCCAUCCUCCUGAUUUACUAGGUAACAGAUCACCCUAUCUGGCUCCAUUCUGUGAAUGCAUGUGUCCCACCUCACAGGGAAGGAAUGGCUGUGUCCUGCAGUACAGAGGAACCCAUCACAGGAAUACUGCAGUUCCUUGCAGUUAUGGCCCCAGAUCUAGUAGUAACAUGACUGAGUGGCAGUGUUUGAGGGAUCUUGGCACGUCUUUGAGAAGGUCCUGCCAUGCUGACCUUGUGUCCAAGGGAUCGGUGGCUACAUUCCCAGUCUGUCCUUGGGGUGGGAUUUCCCAACAUCUCAUAAAAAUGUAGGGCUGAAAGGGACCUCAAGAGGGCAAGUGUAGCCCCCUUUCAUAGAAUAUCAGGGUUGGAAGGGACCUCAGGAGGCUUUGAGCAGGACCUCCCUGCUCAAAGCAGGACCAAUCCCCAACUAAAUCAUCCCAGCCAGGGCUUUGUUAAGCUUGAGCUUAAAAACUUCUAAGGAAGAAGAUUCCACCACCUCCCUAGGUAACGCAUUCCAGUGUUUCACCACCCUCCUAGUGAAAAAGUUUUUCCUAAUAUCUAACCUAAACCUCCCCCAUUGCAACUUGAGACCAUUACUCCUUGUUCUGUCAUCUGGUACCACUGAGAACAGUCUAGAGCCAUCCUCUUUGGAACCCCCUUUCAGGUAGUUGAAAGCAGCUAUCAAAUCCCCCCUCAUUCUUCUCUUCCGCAGACUAAACAAUCCCAGUUCCCUCAGCCUCUCCUCAUAAGUCAUGUGUUCCAGUCCCCUAAUCAUUUUUGUUGCCCUCCGCUGGAUUCUUUCCAAUUUUUUCACAUCUUUCUUGUAGUGUGGGGCCCAAAACUGGACACAGUACUCCAGAUGAGGCCUCACCAAUGUCGAAUAGAGGGGAACGAUCAGGUCCCUCGAUCUGCUGGCAAUGCCCCUAAUUAUACAUCCCAAAAUGCCAUUGGCCUUCUUGGCUACAAGGGCACACUGUUGACUCACAUCCAGCUUCUCAUCUACUGUAACCCCUAGGUCCUUUUCUGCUGAACUGCUGCCUAGCCAUUCGGACCUUCGUCUGUAGCGGUGCAUGUGAUUCUUCUGUCCUAAGUGCAGGACUCUGCACUAUUCCUUGUUGAACCUCAUCAGGUUUCUUUUGGCCCAAUCCUCUAAUUUGUCUAGGUCCCUCUAUAUUCUAUCCCUACCCUCCAGCGUAUCUACCUCUCCUCCUAGUUUAGUGUCAUCUGCAAACUUGCUGAGGGUGCAAUCCACACCAUCCUACAGAUCAUUUAUGAAGAUAUUGAACAAAACUGGCCCGAGGACCGACCCUUGGGGCACUUUCCUUUAUACCAGCUGCCAACUAGACAUGGAGCCAUUGAUCACUACCCGUUGAGCCCAACAAUCUAGCCAACUUUCUAUGCACCUUAUAGUCCAUUCAUCCAGCCCAUACUUCUUUAACUUGCUGGCAAGAAUACUGUGGGAGACAGUGUCAAACACUUUGCUAAAGUCAAGGAACAACAUGUCCACUGCUUUCCCCUCAUCCACAGAGCCAGUUAUCUCGUCAUAGAAGGCAAUUAGAUUAGUCAGGCAUGACUUGUCCUUGGUGAAUCCAUGUGACUGUUCCUGAUCACUUUCCUCUCCUCUAAGUGCUUCAGAAUUGAUUCCUUGAGGACCUGCUCCAUGAUUUUUCCAGGGACUGAGGUGAGGCUGACUGGCCUGUAGUUCCCAGGAUCCUCCGCCUUCCCUUUUUUAAAAAUGGGCACUACAUUAGCCUUUUUCCAGUCUUCCAGGACUUCCCCCGAUUGCCAUGAGUUUUCAAAGAUAAUGGCCAAUGGCUCUGCAAUCACAUCCGCCAACUCCUUUAGCACUCUCGGAUGCAGGGCAUCCAGCCCCAUGGACUUGUGCUCGUCCAGCUUUUCUAAAUAGUCCCGAACCACUUCUUUCUCCACAGAGGGCUGGUCACCUCCUCCCCAUGCUGUGCUGCCCAGUGCUGAAGCAGGACCAAGUAAACCUAGACCAUCCCUCACAGGUGUUCAGAGGCUAUUAGGAACACAUUAGACCAGGGGUGGCCAACCUGAGCCUGAGAAGGAGCCAGAAUUUACCAAUGUACAUUGCCAAAGAGCCACUGUAAUACGUCAGCAGCCCCACAUCAGCUCCCCGCACCUAGCCCCUCCUACCCGCCGGCAGUCCUGUCGAUCAACACCUCCCCUUCCCUUCCCACGCCUCCUGAUGGCCAUGAUCAGCUGUUUCGUGGUGCACAGGAGGCUUUGGGGGAGGAAUGAGGGCAUGGCAGCCUUGGGGGAAGGGGUGGAGUGGGGGCAGGGCCUGGGGCAGAGCAGGGGGUUGAACAGUGAGCAACCCCAGCCCACUGGAAAGUUGGCGCCUGUAGCUCCAGCCCCGGAGUCAGCGUCUAUGCAAGGAGCCGCGUAUUAACCUCUGAAGAGCCACAUGCGGCUCUGGAGCCACAGGUUGGCCACCCCUGCAUUAGACAAUGAUGGCAAUUUCACAACCACCCGUUAUAAUAAUUCCACAACUAUUCCAGAGUUUAAUUACCCUGAUGUUAGAAAGCUUUUCCUAAUAUUUAACCUGAAUCUCCCUAGAUGCAGUUUAAGCCCAUUACUGCUUGUCCUACUUCAGUGGACAUGGAGAACCAUUGUUCCCUGUCCCAUUUAUCACAGCCUUUCACAUAUUUGAAGACUGUUGUCAGGUCCCCCUCAUCCCAGCCGUCUUUUCUCAAGACUAAAGAUGCCCAAUUUUUUUCACCUUUCCUAAUAGGUCAGGUUCCCUAACAACUUUUAUCCUUUUUGUUGCUGUGCUUUGGACUCUCACAUCUUUCUUAAAGUGUGGUGCCCAGAACUGGACACAGUUCUCCAGCUGAGGUCUAAAAGAAGCAUUGUCUUAAGUGAGUGUGAUGUGAUAACAAGGUGAGAGCCAGUGUUUCUGUGACCUUGUGUGGCUGCCUUCACGGCUGUCCUGGGGAGGGGGGUUUUCUGACCCUUCUGAUGCUGCCUCCGCCUCAGGCGUGAGAAUGGGUGGGGAGUGAGAGAGUUGCUUGUUUGUUCCUUGCCUUUUCCUUUGGGAAGUGGCUGCUUUGGAGGAAGUGCAGUGUGAGGGAUAGAAUUUGUGGGAUAGACAUUUCCUUAACUCAUCCUUGAACCAAAUAGUGAAGAUAUUUCCAAGAGACAGAAAGUCCCUUCUCCCUCCCUGUCCUCUCUGUAAGAUUCAGGUAUGGAGCAGUCAUCACUUCUCCCAUGCAGGUCCUGCUUUGCUGGGCACAGUACUUAGGAGUCAUUCAGUCCACUGGACUCACUCUGAGGCUGCCAUCUGCCUUUCCCAGCCCUAUUUCUGGGCGGGGAUUAGUCAUCUCUUUAGUUUACUGGAUCCCAUUUGUAAAUCCAUGAAAGGGAUUGGCUACAGCACAGUAUCUUAAACUAUCUUGGGAACCAGAGGCUGUCAGGAAUGACAGGGGCCCACAGCACCCACAUCAACCUCCAAGCUGGGUUCUGCUUAAGGAGCUGGGCUAGUGCCCUAACCAUCCCUCUGUUUUCCCUGCAUGUUUCUUUGGUGUGUAUUCAACUGUUCACAUUUACUGGUGGCCCCAGAAUUGGCUUUUUGGAAGUGCACGGCCAGAGAGCACCACCAUGCAAUGCAGCUGGGUGCAAUAAGCACAUGCCUGCAGGCUGCAAGGGGAGAUGUGGCCCAACUCCAGGUACAGCCCAGUAAGUAGGGAGAAGGAACACAAAGCACAGCAUACGGUGGGGGACUCCACUGUCCUGAUCUCAUUACAGGCAGUCUCUCCUGAAUCCUGCCCUUGUGCCUUCUCCCUCUAACCCAGGGCACUUAUUUCCAUAAGGCGUAUGUAAAACCAGGAGGGAUAUGGGGCCCACUGAGAUCUAGAGGGGAAAGCGGGCACUGUGCUCUGUGGAAAUGGCCUCCUGCGGGCUGCAUCAAAGAGCAAUUGUUCAGUUUUUUAGAAAUGAAAAAAUGAGAGCUCAGGGUUGAGCAGAGCACCAUUCUCCUCUCCCUCUCCCUCCAAUCCCAGACAGGGCAAGAAGCAGGAUGCCCCCCACCCUCCACUUCUCAGCACCGUGCAGGGCAAUAAACCGGCUAGAGUCAUGGCUGCCUUUACGGUGGGAGGAGUAGAGCCUUAGAAUCACAGGGAACUUAAGCUGAUCCCAUUGUCCCUCCUUGUGGGCUCUGGGCUGAGGCACAGCGGAAGGGACACUGUUCAGCUGCCAGCCCCUGAGAGAUGUCAGGAUUGCAAGAGGUUUCAUUUUACACCUUUCAGUUUUGCUCCCUCCCCAAAUGCACCUUUACUUCCCCGCUGUGGGGGUCUGUGCAGGAUGCCGUGCUGUGCCGCAUAGCUGCCAGGCUGGGCAGUGUUUUGCCAAGGUGUUUCUAAAGCGCUUAGACAAAAGUGCACUUUGAGGCUUGCUCGGCUGAGGUCGUUGGCCAAGGUCCAGGUUUUUCAGGACUCCACAGAGGAUUGACUGAGUCUGUUGUGCAAAACUGCGAAAAGAUUCUAAUCUUAGAGAUAUCCCCCCUCCCCAAAAAAAUCAGCAUCCUGUUUCCAAGUGCAACUAAAACAAUCGAGAUUGCUAAAACUGGAGAAGCAGCCCAGCCUGUGUGCAUUGUUAAAGAACCGUUUGUUUACAAGGAGUUUCACCUCCCAGCCUGGAAAGGAGUGAUUGGCAGUGGUUUGAGACUUCGAUGGUCAAGCUGGAGGCAUGCUUGAUGGGAAGGGCUAGGAGACACAAGGGGCUUGGGCUGGCCAGAUGUUUAAACCAAAAGUAGAUAAAUACAAUUGUUCCAACUUUUAUUGUUAGCUCUCCAAUGUGAUUACUGCCCCCUGAAUGCAGUGACUGUCCGCUCGCCCCUCCUCUGUUUUUCUGGGAUUUUUAAAUCUUAGUAGUAUACUGCUAAUGAAAGGGCAAAACCACCCAUCAUCAACAGAAUGUGGGUUGCUUGGUAGUAACCCCCAUAAACGUAACUAACUCCUCUAGCUGUGGGCAGCUGAAAAAACUUGUAACCAUGUCAAGGGGUGAAAUCUGAACUGUAAUCUUGCUGCACACCUCAGUCUGCUGGGUCCUGUAACUGAGUGUCCCUUUUGUUCUUUUCACUGAAAGAAUUGAAGGUGGUUUUUGUUUUUGUUUUGUUUUUGUGUGUAAAUACUAGUCUUUUUUGGAAGAAAUAAUGUAAAGAUGUUUUGUAUAAACUCUGAAUUAUUUUCUGGUUGCUUUUUCUUAGAAAAACAAAUGAGAACUAAAAAAAAAAAUAACUGCAAGAACGGGUGUAAAACAUUGUCAUACCGCAAUCAAAUUCAGGAGGCUCAUCGGCGAAAGGGUGUGUGUGCGCGGGCACUUUGGUGGAGCUAUGGAGAAUCAGGGAAUGGGGUCUUUAUUGCACCGCGACGCCCUUCUGACAACAAAAAUUACUACAUGGCCCCAGGAGGAGGGACUGAAGCUUGAGCCCACCCAAGCCCCAGCAUCCCACGUGAGGGGCCAAAGGCUUCAGUCCCGGCAGGGGGCCUGUAACCUGAGCCCCACCGCCAAGGGCUGAAAUCCUCGGGCUUUGGCUUCAGCCCCAGACAGUGGGGCUCGGGCUUCGGCUUCAACCCCAGGCCCCAGAAAGUCUAAGCCAGUCCUGGUGACCCCAUUAAAAUGGGUUCGCAAUCCAGAGUUUGAGAACCAUUGCUCUAAAGGCUCUAAAAGCAGUUGGUAAAUCCCUCCCUCCCCCCCACACACACACAUUUUAAAAAAAAGUUUUUAAGCCAAACUCAUGAAUUUGGGGGGCCUACCUCGUGAUGUGUGAGCUGUCAGUGCUGGGGUGGGAUGUUAACCCACCCCCUCUUCUUUCUAAUUGAUAAGAGAAAGCUAAACUCUCCCCACCCCUCCUUACUGUGCCUGAUGC